AUGUUACUCAAACUCUUACCAGCAACCAGCAGCGUCUGUAGCACCGCGUCUAAUUCCCUGCAAGUGUUUGUUUCUUCUUCCUUCUCUACUCCAGCUAAAACCAAGUUCCUACCUUCACUUUCUAGAUUUUCUGUCAAGCGAUCUUGCUUCUCUUCACAGACCCGACCCCAUUCUACUGUGACCAAGCCCUCCAUGAACCUUCUGAACAAACUUGGAUUUGGCAGUGGAAGGUCAUCAGAGAAUCUGGAUUCAGCCAUUCCUCAGGGACCAGAUGACGAUAUACCAGCACCAGGCCAGCAGUUUGCUCAGUUUGGUGCUGGCUGCUUUUGGGGUGUUGAAUUGGUCUUCCAGAGGGUGCCGGGAGUGAGUAAGACAGAGGUUGGUUACACCCAGGGGCUUGUGCAUAAUCCUGCGUAUGAAGAUGUGUGUGCAGGAACCACAAACCACUCAGAGGUUGUAAGGGUUCAAUAUGAUCCCAAACAAUGUGCCUUUGAAAGUCUGCUCGAUACAUUCUGGUCUAAGCAUGAUCCUACUACGCCAAAUCGUCAGGGGAACGAUGUAGGAACACAGUACAGAUCUGGAAUAUACUACUACACUCCAGAACAAGAGAAAGCGGCUAGAGAAUCUUUGGAACAACAAGAGAAGCAACUGGGCAGAAAGAUUGUUACUGAGAUCCUUCCUGCUAAGAAGUUCUACAGAGCUGAGGAGUACCACCAGCAGUACCUUGAGAAAGGCGGUCGAUUUGGUUUCAAGCAAUCUGCUGCUAAAGGAUGCAAUGACCCAAUUCGGUGCUAUGGUUAA